CGAGAGAAGAGGGUCUGUUUCAACUUUCAACCAGUAAUAAGCACGACGACGUCGUCCCCACACUCCCACUCACGAUUCUCAAAUUCAAUUUGGGCGUAAAAUAAAAAAUCCCCACUCUGCCAAACCCUAGAGUCAAGAUCGAAACCUCACUCGACAUCACAGAACCACAGUAAUUCGCUGAAAGCAAUCUCCAAAAGAUCGCAAAUUUAACCGGAAAUGCCCAACACCAAGAGAACCCAGGUCGAUUGCGACGGUGACGACGAUAAUGACGUCAUGAAAUUCCAGAAACUUGGCAAUGUGGAUUCAUCGCCGCCGGCCGCCGCCGCGGAACAGCCCCUGCCGGAGUUCCUGGCUUUCUCUCCGCGGCGGCCGAGAGUGGUCCUCAGCGAAGACCAGUACAGGUACUGCUCCGAGGCUCUUAAGUUCAUCAAAGACAAGCUACAGAACCCGGAGCGGAUCAGCCAGGAGUUUGAUGAGCUGUAUGAGAGAGCUGUGGUUGAGAAGAGCUGCAAUGUGGGUCUCAGCGGUGCCAAUUGGAGGAAGAAUCGCUACGACGAGAUCUUGCCGUUCGACGAAAACAGGGUUGUUCUGAAGGGAGCUUCCAGUAGUGGAGGUGGUGACUACAUCAAUGCCAGCUUUGUCGCGACGAGCUCGUCUCGCUUCAUUGCAACACAAGGUCCACUGCCGAAUACGUACGAGGAUUUCUGGGAGAUGGUGAUCCAGUACAGGUGUCCUGUUGUCAUUAUGCUUACUAGGUUGGAUUCGGGUAAAUGUGGAGAUUAUUUUCGGGCAGAGGGUGAAAGGGAAUUUGGAAAUGUGUGCAUUGUCACUAAGUGGAUGAGGAGAAGUGAGUCGUCGGGUGGAGGCAAGUCAUCGUUAGUGUUGCGGCUUGUGGAGGUGAGGCGUAAGGCGGGGGCAGAGGAAUUGCCUGUGUCUGUGUUGCAUAUUCACUAUCCUGAAUGGCCUGACCAUGGAGUUCCCGCUGACACGCAUGAUGUUCGUGAGAUUGUGAAAGGAUUGAUAUAUCAAGUGGAGCCGCCGGAGCUUGGCCCGAUUGUGGUGCAUUGUAGUGCAGGCAUUGGGAGAACUGGGACAUACUGCACAAUUCAUGAUACAGUGAAGAGGAUUCUUUCAGGGGACAUGUCUGCUUUGGAUGUUGGUGGUACAAUCACCACAUUCAGGUCCCAGCGAGAUGGAAUGGUCGAGACACUGAAGCAAUAUCGGUUCUGUUAUUCUGCGAUUGCUGAUGAAUUGGAGGACCUUAUCUUAAACCAUGGAGCUGAGAACAAUUGAGUGAAAUAGUUUAAAGAAUAAUGGAAUGCGUUUAGCACAAUAGGGGCGGCUUCGUCAAUUAAUAGAUAUUACAUUGCUCAUUGUGAAUUUGUGAUCAUUUCUUUCCUGGUCAAUAUUGUUCUUAGAGGCUUCUAGUCAUUGCUACUUUCUUAUUGAUUGCGUAAUUUUGUAUGAACCAGUUUUGGUUGAUGUUGGUUUGUUAUAGUUGUAAAAUGCAGCA